GGCGCAUAUUGACGCCGGACGGAUACCUUUAGACGUAGACCCCUAAAACAAAUUAUAUAUUUAGGACCAAGACCACCAAUUCAAAAAAGUACAUGGAACUUCCUGGGAAUGAGAAAGUAAAGAAAAUGUCGGACAAUCCAGAUGAAACAGCGUAUUACCUGCGUCUUAUUGCGAUGUAUAUAGAUAUUGGAACGGACACAGUAUUGAAAGUAUUUUACACUCUGACUCCUAAAAAGGACGUUAAAACAUUCUUCGACAGGCAAGAUAUCAAAAGAAUUUUAACUUCUUUAGAUGAAAAAAAAAUUAUCAGUGUUAAGGAAUUCAGAAUGGUAUCAAUCAAACCUAACCCGGAAAACUUUGAUAUGUCACUUUUGAUCACUUUAUUAACAAACUUGUACAAAGGAAAGCUUCCUAAUCCACAAAAUGGAUGGAAAGCAUCCCCAGAUGUUAGAGAUGUUUCGAUUGCUGCUGAUUUGUUACGUUUGCGAAACAUAAGAAACACGAUUGUUGGACAUUAUCCACGAGCUAGACUGCCCAAAGUCAAAUUUGAAUACAUAUGGAACCAUGUGGAAACUGUUUUGAUAAGACUUGUACAAAACGUUGAUGCAACUUCUGCAACAGGACUGAAAGAAACGAUAUCCGAAUACAAGCAAAUGCCGUUAGAUCCGAACACUGGAAGUGCACUCAUGUACCAAGAAAAGCUGAAGGAAUGGUGGGAAAACUGUGAAGAGAUUUCGAAAUUACAGGAAAAGGUGGAAGACUUGGUAAAGAAAACGAACGAGUUCCUCCUGUUCUUUAAAGAGAAACCAAAGAGAUACUGUAGAUACAUAAGAUUACUGUUUGAGGGUGGCCGCUUGGUAUUAACUGGAGUAAUUGAACACGAAGCGUCUAAGUGUCGACAACCACUGCGAACUAUACUUCUCGACAAACAAGAUGUUAUUAGAAAAGAAAUGGAAAAUGCACAGAUGCUACAGAUAUGUCCAAAUACAGAGAAAAAUACGGCCUUAGAUAUCAAUUUUGAUAAAUGGGACAUUGCAGUUCUGGGGAGAGUAAUUAUAAAUAUAUUCUCAGAUAGUAUUGAUGGUCUCACAAAAGAAAACGUUCAAACUCUAGUUGACGCUAGAAAUAGCUAUGCAAAUAUUGCACUGGUUUCAUUAGACAGCGAACGGUUCACUUCGUAUUGUGAGGACUUGCUAUCAAGCAUCAGAGUGUUAUCUUCAAAAUUAGAUGAAGAAGCUUACAAGAGAUGCAGACAAAUCAUUGCAGAGUAUAAAAUGGAAACAGAAAGCCAAGUCGGCGAUAUUGAAGAGUAUCUUGUGCAAUUAAAGAGCCAUGGCGUUCAAGUGAAAACAAUUGCUGAGGUAUAUCAAGAUACUUUAGAAACAUUGAAAGAUGCGGUGACGAAGAUGGAAGUCGACGGCGUCAGUUUCAUGCAAGAACAUAGAAUAGAAUUAAAAAUCAUCACUUUGGGUGAUGACAAAGAAAAGAAAGAGACAGCAGAAAAAACUCUCUUAACAGUUUGGCAAGCAGCAAUUAAACUGUCAGACGACCCAACAGAUUUUAAAGCUUUAAGGAAAGCAGUUGACAUGAUUUUAGAUGCUGUUCGUGAGAUCGUGGAUGCACACGUGGAAAGCAUUCUGCAGGGUUGCAUAUUGGUCAAAUUGAGAUGUUCUUCGGGGCGGGCGUUGCAGCAAGUCAUCGUGUAUUUCCUUAGCAAGGAAUUUCAACAACUCCUAGAAAUCAUUUCUAAUGAGUUAAGUUUCAUUUAUGACGAUGUGAUGGUCAUGCGAGGAAACUUCACUAUUGAGAGUUUACUGGAGAUUCUAAACAAUCUUACGUCUGUCCCGGAAAAAGCACAGCCAUAUUUAAGCCUUCCAAUACAGUGCACAUCUGCAGAAGGUAUGAGAAAGGUCUUGGCUCUGUUUGGAGAAGAAAAGACUGUAAACCGUUUCAAUGAGAUUGCAGAGUCACUUUCAGACCAACUGGGGGACCGGAUCAUGCUAAACAUUUCUUCCGACGUGAAAGGGUUCUGCGAAGUGUUUGAUAGAAAAGUUGACAUGAUAGCUAACUUAAGAAAUGAGAUUGACAGCAGCAAAACACAGCCCAGAACCAGAACUGUAUCUGAGGAGGGUAACCAUCAAUAUCUAAAAGACACAGACAUUCUUGAAACUGUUUCAAGUGCCACUGAGCCGUAUGAUAUAGAUGGCACCACAGAAAGUGAGUCAAAUCCCAUACAAGCCUACUUAAAAAACGAGAUUGACAGCAGUAAAGCACAGUCCAGAACCAGUACUGUAUUUGAGGAGGGUGACUAUCAAUUUCAAAAUGACACAGACAUUCCUACAAUUGCUUCAAGUGCCACUGAGCUGUCUAAUAUGGCUGUCGCUAGUACCACAGAAAGGGAUUCCUAUCUCGCACAAGGUCUAUCUUUACAACAACACAGAACUGAAGGACACCAUGUAGGUUUUGAUCUGGGUUCUAAAGAGUAUUACGAGGAUACAUGGACUUUAGCAUCAAAGGAAACAGUCACCAUUAUGUCAACUUUAAAACUUCAAGACGAAAAACGAUGGCAGUGUGUCGUUAUAUACUUAAAGAGAACCACUGAUGCGUUACAUCCAUACAUAAAAUCCCGGUUAACCAGUGAACUAGAGCGAUGGUCUUUAAAUGCUGCAGAUGAUGUUAGACAAUUUUCCAAGAAAGUAAAUAACGAUAGAAGUUAUGUCGUCUAUACCAGGAGUGAAACUGGAAGAGGUGUAUGGAAAAUUCGUGACAACAACUCAACUCACCAGGAUAUUCUUGGAAAAAUACUUUCCAUUCACUCAAAUCCUGCGAUUGGUAACAUACAUUUCGAUUCAAAUGACAGUAUGAUAUGCAAAGACGUAGAGCCGCACUGGAUACUUGCAAAAAUCUUCAUGCCGUAUGGAAACAGAACAAGCCGAAAUCCUGAAGAAUCAGAUGUGUUAUCGUUUUUUGACCUUUUGAGAAAUUGUCGAAGCUUAAGCAAAGACUUCGACGCUGAAGCUCUUGACGAGUUAUGCACCGCGAGAUUUAUUAUUACGUCCAAGACAAGCCUUACAAAGCUCGAAAUGGAUGAACUGACUGCCUGGAUGAAAGUACUUCUGAAAGCACCUUGUUUGAAAUGUCAACCUGACGUGACACAUUUAAUCCAAGAAUUAAAUGACUUGGAGGGUACUUCUGUGAGCAUCACAUCGCCAGAUAUAAAACGUUUGAAGCAAGUAAUGGACGACUACUUUCCAGGUACAUCAUUCAGCAGUAUUCAACUGACAGAAGGAGCAAACCAACUGUUCAACAGGUUUUUGAACGGAGGUAUGCGAAACCUCGAAGAAGAAAUACAGAGCGAAAACGCAAAAAUGGAUGAGCAGGAGAGGAGAAUAACGACAUAUAAAAGAAUGGGAGGUGUGGCUGGAGCCAGUAUUGUUGGAGGUUCCGGUAUUGCAGUAGCAGGUGCUGCAGCAGCUUUAUUUGGAGCGCCCGUUCUUCUUCCUGCAGUUGCCGUAGGUAGUGCAGCGGCAGGCGUAGGGUAUGUUGGUGGAAGAGCUGGAGGAGCAGUUAUUGCGAUGUUUAAGAAAAUUUUGUAGAUUAUAUACCAAACACUCAAAGAAAAUGAUAUCACAGAUGACAAUACAAUUGAUGAUUGUGAUCAAACAUGUUGCAGUUAUGUAGACUCUUGCGUUCCUUUAUCUUUGUAUAUCUUUGUAUAUCUCCUGUAUUUGUUGUAAAUAACACCUUAGCUUAGUUUGUAGAGGUAGCUAACUGUCUUUUGUAAUGUUGAAUAUAUGUCUUUGAUGUCUUCCCUUCUCUAUUAUCCCCAGUUCUAAGAGAUAUAAUUCAAAGCGAAUUAUCUUUAUAUCUGUUAUAAAAAAAAACGGUAUUGAUAAUGCAAUACAAUGAUCAGGGCAGUAAAGGAAAUUAAAUUUUGUUUAUAUUUACACAAAAUAUACCGGACGUUGGAACUUGUGAAAGCGGCACAGGAUUUUUUUUGCAAAAUACCUUAUUUUUCCUUUCAGCUGUAGACGAGUAUGUGGAGAUUUUUGUCGUUUAUAAUGCAGUCAGCAUCAAAAUAAAACUGUGACCAAUAUUUUAUGUCUAGUUCACAUUUUGCCUGCGAUGCGUCUGCUGAGUCCGUAGUCUGCCCGUUUCCUCCUUUCCGUGCGGCCUUCGUGCGGAGGCAGGAGGCGGCAGUGUGUUUUUCGUAUGGAUUCACGGGCUCCGCAGCCUCUACAAUUUUGUUUAGUGAAAAGUUGUACAAAUUUAAAAAAAAGCGUAAGGCCGUAGCCCGUUGACACGUCGCAAGUGGCAUUGCACGGGCCGCUGAUCGUGCAGCCAACGCAAGAUUUUCCGUGGACAUGGUGCCCAACAGAAAUCGUACGGAAACUGUAUACUUGUGGUGCCUUCGCACGGCACUAGCAUAGCUGCCGCAGGGUUGCCGCUCCCUACACAUGCAUUACCCGUGAAAUCGCAAGGAUAUUGAGCAAUCAUCGCGCAGCAACCCUAUAUUCGCCGCACCAUUGCCGUGCGGUGGCUUUGAUAUUGGCAAAACAUUUUCUGAUGGUUAUAUAUAUUGACCAUCGCCAGCAUGUUUUCAUUAUUCGUCUCUGCACGGAAGCCGUACGCACGUCGUCAAUUUCCGUGUGAAGCUUGUCGAGACUGUACGGCAACUGCACUGAUCUUGCACGAUCUCCGUAUAAUCUUUUUUUCGGCCUUCCCCCGAGAGCCUGUACAAAAAAAGCACGAUGCUCUUAUAUAAUGUGACCGGCGCUCUCGAUAUUGAGCUAAGCGGACUGGCGAUUACUAUUGUUUUCGCGCCAUUUUCAUGUUAAGUGUCUGUAUACCAAUAAAUUCCAACUAUAACAAUAAAAGUAAAGGGAAAAUACAUUUUGGCAUGUUUAAAAGUAAUAUGUUGUUAAAUUGAAUCUUAUGAAUGUGUACACUAUUUCUUCUGAUCUUUGUCAUGUGAUGUUCUAUUGAAUACGAUAGUGUUAUGAGUCUAAGGUCUCUUAAUUAAAAUCAUUAAUAUAAUAGAAAAUAUUGUAUGUCUCAGAAGAGUGUAAUUGUUCUUUCUUUUUGUUGUUGUUUAGACUUAUAAAAUAAUUUCAUUUGAA